UCUCGGCUGACGACGUGGCUUGUUAUAAGUGGUGAAAGAGUAGAGUUUGGAGUAAAACUGACUGUAGAUGACCGUAGCUCUUUCCUCAUCCACCGCUCUUUUCUCUCUCCAAAACCAGUGAAGUAGGUGAAAAGCAAAGGCUUCCUUUUUCUUUUUUUUAUUUUUUCUCUCAGAUUUCCAUAUGUACCUAAUCGAAAAUAAAUAACAUUAAAAAUUAUAAUAUAAGUUACAAAAAAUAUGUAAUAGAACCAAAAAAGAAAUUGAAAUAGAAGUAUUAUUUAGGUAAAUAAUUUAAGUAUAUUUAUAGAGAGGGUGUGGUAGUUCGGUUGGUGAUUGUUCUUUAUUGUCUGUAUUAAUCGAUCUUUCUUUCAAAAAAAAAAAAAAAAAGGAAAAACCGUAAGUUUAAAUUAUUUGCUCUAAGCUUUUAGAUCUCGCCUCGAUUCGAGUUUACUCGCCGAUCUACUGUGUUGACUCAAUGUCGAACGCCGAGCAAUUCGCUGAGAUGUUGAAAUGCUGAGGAAUUUGUGUUUUUUUUGAAUGAUUGAAUAUUUCAAUGUUAAUCUGCGAAAAUGUCGGCUUCGUUAGCGGCAUUCGAGCGGCCAAGAGGGGUAGCCUCAAAUACGGUUUUCAAGAGUGGCCCCCUUUUCAUAUCCUCAAAAGGGAUUGGUUGGAAGUCUUGGAAGAAGAGGUGGUUUAUCCUCACACGCACUUCCUUGGUCUUCUUUAAAAACAAUCCUAGUGCCCUACCACAAAGAGGUAGUGAAGUUAAUUUGACUUUGGGGGGCAUUGACUUGAACAAUUCUGGAAGUGUUGUUGUUAGAGAAGAUAAAAAGUUGUUGACUGUAUUGUUUCCUGAUGGACGUGAUGGACGGGCUUUCACUCUUAAGGCAGAGACAUCAGAGGACUUGUAUGAGUGGAAGACAGCUCUAGAACAUGCCCUCGCACAGGCGCCAAGUGCUGCCCUUGUCAUGGGACAAAAUGGGAUUUUCCGAAAUGACACAACUGAUACAAUUGAAGGGUCAUUCCAUCAAUGGAGAGACAAACGCACUGCUAAAUCAUUGGUUGUUGGAAGACCAAUUUUGCUUGCGCUUGAAGACAUUGAUGGGAGCCCAUCAUUCCUAGAGAAAGCUUUGCGGUUUCUUGAGAAGUUUGGAACUAAAGUUGAGGGAAUUCUACGGCAGUCUGCAGAUGUUGAGGAGGUCGAUCGCAGAGUUCAAGAAUAUGAACAGGGCAAGACUGAAUUUGGUUUUGAUGAGGAUGCUCAUGUUGUGGGAGACUGUGUUAAGCACAUACUAAGGGAGCUACCCUCAUCCCCAGUUCCUGCUUCCUGCUGUACUUCAUUGCUGGAGGCUUACAAAAUUGAUCGGAAGGAAGCUCGGAUAAGUGCAAUGCGCUCUGUGAUAUUAGAGACAUUUCCUGAACCAAACAGGCGUCUGUUACAAAGGAUUCUGAAGAUGAUGCAUACAAUCUCAUCUCAUGUUCAUGAGAAUCGAAUGACUCCAUCUGCUGUAGCAGCUUGCAUGUCACCUUUGCUUUUACGCCCCCUUUUAGCUGGUGAAUGUGAGUUGGAGGAUGACUUUGAUGUUAACGGUGAUAAUUCUGCCCAGCUUCUUGCUGCUGCAAAUGCUGCUAAUAAUGCUCAAGCCAUCAUUACAACUCUUUUGGAGGAGUAUGAGAAUAUUUUUGAUGAUGAAAAUCUACUAAGAUGUUCUAUUUCAGCCGAUUCCCGGAUUGAAAAUAGUGCUAGUGAAGAUUCGACUGAUGAUGAAAAUCCAGAUAUGAAAGACAAUGGCUACCAUGAUGCAGAAAAUGAAGCCGAUCCAGACACAAAUGAUGAUUCUGAACGUGUUCUCAGUGGGAAAUUAAGUGAAAGCAGUGGCUAUGCAGACAGUGAUCUUUAUGACUACAAGGCAUUUGGGGAUAAUGGUUCAGAUGUUGAAUCCCCUAGAGACAAUAAUGCUCAGGCUGAGAUAAUAAGCUUAGCUGUAGAUCCUCUACAGAUGAGAGAUCCUGAUGCUCAGCUGGAGGAACAAGGUAAGAAAAAUAAAGAAAAUGAAAAUCCAAUUAAUGAGAUAGAUGUCCCAAGCGUUCUACCUACCACUGAAUCUUACCGGUCAAUGAGUGAGAUUCUGUCUUCAAUGGAUCCUGGCCAUCCUAUAUCUUCACCUGGACUUGAAUCUUCCACUGAGAAGCCAGUUGCGAAAGCUAAAGGGUCCAGUCUCAAUGCAAAGAGAUCAACAUUUUGGGGAAGAAGCAAUGCCAGAAAGACACCGUCAAUGGAAUCUGCUGAUUCUUCUGGUGAAGAAGAGCUUGCUAUACAAAGGCUUGAGAUCACAAAGAAUGAUCUGCAACAUCGUAUUGCAAAAGAGGCUAGAGGAAAUGCAAUUUUACAAGCUAGCUUGGAACGAAGAAAACAAGCUUUGCAUGAACGUCGCUUGGCACUUGAACAAGAUGUCUCUAGAUUGCAAGAGCAGCUACAAGCUGAAAGGGAUCUUAGAGCAGCACUUGAAGUUGGAUUGAGCAUGUCAUCAGGACAAAUUUCUAGUUCCCGAGGAAUGGAUUCCAAGACGAGGGCUGAGCUUGAGGAGAUUGCUCUUGCCGAAGCUGAUGUGGCUAGAUUGAAGCAAAAAGUUGCAGAACUCCAUCAUCAGCUGAAUCAGCAACGGCAACAUCAUUACGGUUCCUUGUCUGAUGCAUGUGACCGUUAUCAACAUGUCCAAAAUCAUAACUCUCAACAGAGGUUUCUUCAGCACGAUUUUGACACAACCCUUGCCUUUUGUAAUCAUGAGAGGAAACAAAGAACAGAGGAAAAUUUGUUAGGACCAGACUGGAGGAAUGUUAAAGGACAGGGAUUGGUAGUUGGAAAUGGCAGCAUGCAGCCUACUCGAAAGCAAUUUAUGGAUUCAACAAGCUUGAGUGACUCAAAAAGUACUGAGGCAUCAGCAAAUAUGUCUAUGGAUGAGCUUUGUGUCGUUGAUUCUGCCUCUAUCCCAUCGACUUCAAGAGCAGCAGAGGUGAUUGAUUAUCCAAGACAUCCAUCAGCAGCUUCUUCUGCUCUGGUAGAAUUAACAACCCGUCUUGAUUUUUUCAAAGAAAGGCGUUCCCAACUAAUGGAACAGCUCCACAACCUUGACCUGAACUACGGCACAUCCUCUCAGGAUUUUGUGUACAGACCAUCAUCACCCCCAUGGAACUAACCAGAGAUGGCAGUAUAGUAAAUCUGGAGGAGCAAUGUUGUCUUGUUGUACAUCCUAAAUUGUUGCAUAUAAUGUAUUUCUUGUGGUCUUCCUCGCUACAAAUUUAUUUCUUUUUUUUGGUUGUCAGAUGGUGAUUGGAGUUGUGACCAUGUUGUUUUAAUUUUUGUCAGAGACAUUGUAAAGAAAAGCAGUGACACUGUCAAUAGUAGGUAGAGCUUGGAGGAGGUAUGUAUUUGAACGAAUGUGAUUGAAGAGAAACUGUUUUCCCAUUUUGAGCACUAUUGUAUUUGUAUUAAUAUAUAAACUGAUUGAGUGGGUUGCUGUUUUGCUAAUUCAUUCUCUUAUAUUUUCAUUGAUGAGUUUAAACUUUAUUUUAAUUUGAUAACUUGAUUUUGAAUUUCAUGCUAUCUCUUCCAAGAAAGUUACUUCGAAGUUUAAACAUUGGGAAAAGCAAAGGGGUCGAGCAAUGUCUUGCCUUGAUGAUGAGACCAGAGAUGAAAUAUCGUAGAUCACUGAUCUCAAUUCCUUUUUAUUCUAAAUCUUACUAUAUGUUGGGUUUAAACUUUAUGCUGGUUUUUUUUUUUUCAAUUAUUUUGUAGGUUUUUGGUUGUAUUUAUCAUUGUUAAUAAACUAUGCAAGGUAAGAUAUGCCAAUUUCAAUUACGAUAACAUAUAAAAAUUAUAUGAA